UUCUCCAUUUCUUUUGUUUCACUGUUUUCCCGUUCCUCCGUUCCUGGCCAUUUGAAGACGGUGUCUGAAGACUGCCGAAAUGCGGACGUUUCCGAGGAUAGCCGAUGUUAUACCGAAGCACGAAACCUCGUAGGUCGUCAGUCGUGCCCACAAUUCUAUCAAGAAGUACUGCACUUUUAUAUCUCAAAACAUAUAUCGUAGGUUACAUAACUAUGCUGGGCUUUAGGAGAAUUAUUUUAGCUGAAUCUUUGAAGCAAAAUGGCUGUCGAUUUCCUAAACAUUGGAAAACUGUGUCUGGUCUUUGCUCUGCAGCAGUGAGAAAAUUCUCUGAUUCGGGUGGUAAUGUUGACUUGGUUGUGAUUGGCUCAGGACCUGGUGGCUAUGUUGCUGCAAUAAAGGCUGCUCAACUUGGAAUGAAGACAGUUUGUGUGGAAAAAGAUAAAACACUUGGAGGAACAUGUUUAAAUGUUGGGUGUAUUCCUUCAAAGGCCUUACUUAACAACUCACACUUGUAUCAUCAAGCUGUCACUAAUGACUUUAAAGACAGAGGGAUAGAAGUUGGAGAUCUAAAGCUAAAUUUGGAUCAGAUGAUGAAACAGAAAGAAACUGCUGUUAAGUCACUGACUGGAGGAAUAGCACAUCUAUUUAAACAGAAUAAAGUUACAGAAAUUCAUGGACAUGGCAAAAUAACAUCACCAAAUGAAGUUACAGUGUUAAAAGAUGACGGAAGUCAGGAAAUAAUAACAACAAAGAAUAUACUUAUAGCCACAGGCUCGGUCGUCACUCCCUUCCCUGGUAUUGAGAUAGAUGAAGACACAAUAGUAUCCUCAACCGGGGCUUUAUCUCUAAAGAAAGUUCCAGAAAACAUGAUCCUUAUUGGGGCUGGUGUUAUUGGUCUAGAACUGGGUUCUGUAUGGGAGAGACUUGGUGCAAAGGUCACUGCUGUGGAGUUCUUAGGCCACGUCGGGGGAAUGGGCAUAGAUAUGGAGAUAUCAAAGAAUUUUCAGAGAAUACUAAAAAAGCAAGGCAUGAAUUUCAAACUAAAUACAAAAGUGACAGGUGCUACUAAAUCUGGUGAUGUUGUAAAUGUAGACAUCGAGUCAGUGAAAGAUAGUUCUAAAAAAGAAACGCUUGAAUGUGAUACGCUAUUAGUUUGUAUUGGACGGCGGCCAUUUUCAGAUAACUUGGGUUUACAGGAACUCGGCAUUGAGCUGGAUAAGGCUGGACGUAUCCCCGUUGAUUCUAGAUUUGCGACUAAAAUCCCCAGUAUCUAUGCAAUCGGGGAUGUUGUAGAAGGCCCUAUGUUGGCUCAUAAAGCUGAAGACGAAGGUAUUGUCUGCGUCGAGGGGAUUGCUGGUGGUCCAGUCCACAUAGAUUAUAACUGUGUUCCUUCUGUUAUAUAUACACACCCGGAAGUCGCAUGGGUGGGCAAGACUGAGGAAAUGCUCAAAGAAGAGGGUGUGAAGUACAAGGUUGGUAAAUUUCCUAUCGCAGCGAACAGCCGAGCACGGACUAAUGCAGAUUCAGAUGGAUUAAUGAAAGUUUUAGGGGAUAAGGAAACUGAUAGAUUACUUGGUGUACAUAUGAUAUCACCGUCAGCUGGAGAAAUUAUUAAUGAAGCUGCUCUAGCUAUGGAAUAUGGAGCAUCUUGUGAAGAUAUUGCUCGAGUCUGUCAUGCACAUCCGACGGUUUCGGAGGCGUUCAGAGAAGCCAAUACAGCAGCGUACGCCGGGAAGGCUAUCAAUAUUUAGACAAAAGUAUUGUCAAAACUGCAAGUAGAGCAUUUUGAAUAUUCACCAUCAAAAAGUUCAUAUGCUAAGAUGUUUUGAUUUGAAUAGGUAUUUUACUAUCAAGUUAUGAUAUUAUUACCACAAGUUUUUGAAUAAAUAUAUAGUAACAAGAAUUAACAGAGAUAUAUAAUUCGAAUUCUUUAUGAAUACAUUUUAUCAAAAUACCGUUAC